AUGUUUCAUAGAAUUCAAUAUGCUAAGGAAAAUAGAUGGGAACCACCAAUUGAUCUUGCGUCUGACAUGUUUUCAAAUGGUUCAUUUCAAGCAAUUGUAUUUGGUCCAUGUUACCCUCAGCGAAAUACUGGAAUAUACAUACCUUUACAAGAUGAACAAUGUCUAUAUCUAAAUAUUUUUACGCCAUCAAACAAAUCAAAUGAAUCUUUGUUGCCGGUUCUUGUUUGGAUUCAUGGUGGUGGUCUCACAAGUGGUUGUUCAUCACAAAGUAUUCCUAUAUUAUACAAUGGCACAAAUAUAAUUGCGAAUUCACCUCAACAACCAAUCAUUAUUGUAACAAUCAAUUAUAGAUUAGGCGUAUUGGCUGACAUGUAUUUAACGGAAUUAAUUAAAGAAAAGUCUGAAUGGCCAACAGCAGGAAAUUAUAAUUUUUUAGAUAUAUUAUCAGCAUUACGUUGGAUCAAUAUCAAUAUUCGUGAUUAUGGUGGUAAUCCUAACAAUGUUUUAUUAUUUGGAGAAAGUUCUGGAGGAAAAUCGGUUGUUGAUAUUGGUGCAUUAAAAGGAUCCUCUAAUCUCUAUCAACAUAUUAUAUCACAAUCAGGUGGAUUUAGUAGUUCUAUAUUUUAUUCAAAUAAGACUUCUGCUAUGCAAAGAUCAAACACAAUUGUUGAACAAAUGAACUGA